GUCAACAAAGGCGGUUAUCCUCGUAGAAAAAUAUAUAAUAAAGCUGGAGCCAUGUCCCAGGCAGUGAAGACGGAUGCACCCAAGGAACCCAAUGGUUCGGCGACUAAAACAAAUGGAACCGCUGUUAAUGGCAAGCUGGAGGCUUUGAAGAGACCCAGACAUGUCUCUGGUGGUGUGGAGGAGAUCAUAGAUCCCUUUUGUAAUCCGGAGAAACCUCAACGCAUCUCCUUUCAUGAUGUCACAUCGGCUGCCUUUCUCAUACGCGGAGGUGUAGAGCGUACUCCUUGUCCGAAAUCCACAUCAUCGGAUCUAUAUGGUAUGGAGUUGUACUUGAAAAAGGAUUUCCUGCAAUACACAGGCAGCUUCAAGGAGCGUGGCGCACGCUAUGCCCUUCUAUCGCUCACCGAGGAGCAGAAGCGAACGGGCGUGAUCAGUGCUUCCUUGGGAAACCAUGCCCAGGCUUUGAGCUAUCACGGCUGGAAGCUUAACAUCCCGGUGACCGUGGUCAUGCCUAAGGCAGCGCCCAUCAUGAAGAUCCAGAAGUGUCGCAACUACAAGGCCCGGGUCAUUGUCGAGGGCAAUGAUAUGGGCGAGGCCAAGUCUCUGGCCAUGCAUAUGUCCCGCGAGGAGGGUCUGCUCUAUGUCAAUGGCUAUGAUCAUCCGCAUAUAAUGGCGGGACAGGGCACCAUUGGUUUGGAGAUACUGGAGCAGGUUCCAGAGCCAGAUGCCGUGGUGGUUCCAGUGGGAGGAGGUGGACUCAUUGCGGGCAUUGCCACAGCAGUGAAGGCUCUUUCCCCUAAAACUAAGAUUAUUGGUGUGGAGUCGGAAAAAUGCGCUAGCUUCACCCGGGCCUUGGAGAACAAUGGACCUAUCCACACGCCCAUCAAGAACACCCUGGCCGAUGGCCUGGCUGUGCCCAAAGUUGGCUAUAAUGCCUAUGUCACAGCCAAGCCCCUCAUCGAUCGCAUGGUGGUGGUCAAGGAGGAGUGGAUUGCCGUGGCCAUUCUUCGCCUGGUGGAGGAGGAAAAGUGUGUGGUCGAGGGAGCAGGUGGUGCAGGCCUAGCAGCGAUUUUGGCCGGACAACUAGAUGAGCUCAAGGGAAAGAAGGUGGUGGUCCUUUUGUGUGGCGGCAACAUAGACACCACUGUAUUUGGACGCUGCCUGGAGCGUGGACUGGCCGCCGUGGGUCGCCUGGUCAAGUUCAAUGUGGAGGUCAGCGAUCGUCCUGGCGGCAUCAAUGAUCUGUGUGCCCUAUUAGUACGCGUUGGAGUCUCCAUUAAGGACAUUAUGCAUGAGAGAGCCUGGCUCAGGGAUGUAUACACCGUGGAGGUGAAGGUGGUGUGCGAGACGGUGGACUGGUCGCACAGUUUGGAGCUGAAAAAUGAGCUGAAGAAGUUCUACUCUAAGGUGGAGUUCUCCGAUGUCCCGCUGGCCCUGACCACAGGGGUCGACUCAUAGGCGGUUGUUGUUUAUAUAUAUUUAUAUUGUAUAUAUAGUACACAUAUGAUUUAUUCACUUCAGCAGCGCAGCGAAAAAAACUUAAAGCUUAAAACUUUGAGCUUAGUGAUUUAAGUGUAAACAUAAUCGUAGUCGAAGUAUAAAUGUAAAUUAGCCGUAAAUAAAUAUACAUAAAAUACAGAGUCUAGAAACGAAUUGACCAACGUAAGGAUACAUUAGGAUAAUAACUAAAACACAAACAACUAAGCAUAUAUAAAUUCACAAGCUUACAACUACAA